AUGUUGCAUUUUUCGAUUGUCGUAUUAAUCAUUGCAUUUCUCGUUACGUCGUCGUAUUGUCAUCCAAUAGAAGAACCGACGAAAUUUCAAUUGAACACAAACAAGGAUUCUAACAUAGAAAAUAUCCAAAAGCCCGCAUCGAAAUUGGAACAAGCACAAGAAUUAUUAUUUCGAAUUGGCGACGCAAUAAGAAUUGCCAGAGGAAAAUUUGUUAAUGCUAUUACAUUGGCCAGAAACAACAUUGUCUAUCGAAUCGAGGUAAUAUACAACAUUGUUCUUUUGUUUUUCUUUUUUUUUCUUUUCCAGAUAAUAACUGCAAACAAUGUAGUAUCGAAUAUCAAAGAAAAAUCCAUAUUCUUGGAUGAAGGAAGAGAAUCCUUGGAAUCCCUACGUUAUCCUCCUAGUAUAUUUUCUGCAAGUACUACGAGUAGUCGUGAAACUGUUCGUUUAGAAAACGAAUCCGAACAAUCGUUGGCUGAGAAAACAUUGACGUUGCCGUUUAACGAUUUGUUCAUAAAUUUGUUCAAUCCAACACCAUUAGUGGAUCAAAUAAAAGAAGAGGAUAAGUAUGGUAACACGGGAAAUAAAAUGGCUGGUAUUGGAAGAGCAUUGGUUAACGGUUACGAAAGUUUCAGUAAUUUUUUAAACUCUGCGAUCAACGUGAGUAGAAUCAAUUAACAAUUUAUCUAAUAAUAUUAUUCGUCGUGAUUUAUUAACUCGUAUGUAUUUUAUUUACAGUCAGCGCAAAAUAUUAGAAAAUCCGUGAGAAAUAAUAUUGUCGAUGCGUUGAAUCAAUUUGGUGGUAAACUUGUUGGACUACAAUAAAUUAAAAAAAUUAAAUUAAAAAAAAAAAAAAAAAAAAAAAAAAGAAAAUGGUACAAGUCGGUUGAAAAACAAUUUGUUGAAAGAUCCAAUUUUAACAUGUUGUAUUUAUAAUUCAAGAAAAUUAUGCAUUUUAUCGAUUUUUACUUCAAUAAUAAACGAUCUAUUUGUUUGUUACGUUAAGAAAAAAAAACUGGGGGAAUGCAAUUCAACUAGACGUUCGUAUAUAUAAAGUUACUUUCUUUUUUAUUAUUAAAUAAACGAUUAAAAAAAAAAAGAAAAGAAAGAAACAACAUUUUUUGUUGGCCUGACUAAAGGAAAUUCGGAGAAUUAACGAUAUAGAAUUUGAAAUAUUUUCUAAUCGUUUCUCGAGUCUCUCGUACGUGACUAUUACUUUUUCUAACAAUAAAAUAUAUGUCGUAAGCUCGCAGAAACGUAUACGUUGUUACAUAUAUUUAAAAAAAAAAAAACAAAAAAAAAAAUACAAUAUACAUAUAUUAAAUAUAUCAAUUGAAAAAACGAAACGAAAGGAAAACAUCAUCCUAUUCACGCAUUAAGCAAACUAUUAUAUUAUAUAUCCUAGAUAAUUAUUUUAAUGAUAUUAUAAAUAAAUAAAAUUUUCAGGCAUCAUUUCUCUCUAAGAAAAUUAAAGCUAAACGAUCCUAGGUGUUUUUUUUUUUUUCUUUUUUUUUAGCUCGAAAGGAGCCUCGAUCUCAAAAGAAUAUAUAUUUAUAUACAUUUAUAUAUAUAUUUAAUAUAUUUUCUACAGUCCUAUCGCAUGCACACACAUUUGUGCAUAUAUGUAUAUAUAUAUUUAUAAUUUAAAUAAUUUUCUAAACGUUAGUUAUAGUUUUUCCCAUCUUAAAUACAUCGUAAUGAUUAAACAAUAAUUUCAACUUCCUAUUUAAAAGUGUUCGAUUACUGAAAAAUAAUUCAGCAUCACUGAUAAAAAUUGAGACUACAUAUACAAUUAUAUUCAUUGACUAAUGUAUUCUUUAUUUGUGUUUUGGAUAUAUGUCAGGAAAUAAGAAUAUGUACAAAUUGUAUACAUAUAUGUACGUCUAUGUGUACAUGUGUGUGUGUGUGGUCAGGACUGUAGAAAAGAUGGGAACGAAAUUUACAAAAUCUUUCUUUAGAAAUACCACGAACGAGAGUAAGAUCAGAAAAAUAAACGAAGGAAAAA